AUGCUACCCAUCCUCAAACACGUCCUCCGUCGCGUUGCAAAACGCCCUUCGACCAUCAUCACCACCCUUCUGGCCACCUUUCUCCUCAUCCCUCUCAUCCUCUACCACCUCCUCGCUUACCUCCUCGCCAACGACCCCCGCCUCGUAUCCUACACCUUCCGCCGCGCCAACUCCAUCCUCUUCGUAACGGCGCACCCGGACGACGAGAGCCUCUUCUUCAGCCCGACAUUGCUAUACAGAGAAGAUGACCUGAGCGUGGAGAGGUCAUUGUUGGUUUUAUCGUCCGGGAACUAUGACGGAGAAGGUUCGACUAGACACAACGAACUGCAAGCUGCCUGCGCCGUGGCCGGUAUCCGAGCAGAUCGAUGCAUCGGACUCGAUCACCGCGAGUUGCAGGAUAAUCCGAAGAAAUGGUGGGAUGAGGAGCUGAUUGCUGAGGUGGUGGCGAGGUAUGUGAAGAGAUGGGAAGUGGACUUGAUCGUGACGUUCGAUGACGGCGGGAUCUCAGGCCAUUUGAAUCACAGGGCUGUUUUUGGGGGUGUGAGCAUCCCAGCAUACGCUCUACAAACGAAGUCCCUCAUUCGAAAGAAUUUCGGACUGAUAGAUCUCAUCCCCACGUGUAUUUACGGGACGGAUAAUGGCGGCGCUGUUCACGCCCGACCCGCGCCUGGAUUCAGAGACGGAUAUAUACGGCGACCACGUCCUGCUGGUGAGUUCCAGGGGGCGGUAUUUUCAGGGACGAAGGACGUUCUGGGAAUAUGGGAGUCAGUAUUCGUGGGACAGGGUGAUUUAUUUGUUAGUUAG